UAACAUCGAUGAUAAGGAGCAUCUUGAGGUUAUCAGGAUAUCUCCUACAGGCCCUUCCCCAAGGCGUUGGGCCUCGCGCGUUCACCUGCUUUUCCACCUGGUUCCCUCGCCUUCUUGAACUUCCAUCCAGCUUUUUCACUUUAACGAUUCCGCAGUCUCAUCCCUUGCUUUUUUCUGCCCUCAGCCCUCUGUCACCCGUGUACAUACAACCGUCAAGGGUAUCUAUCUCGACCAACACUGCAUCAACCCCAUUUGCAAAGAAAAUGGUCGCUCAGAGUAGCCAGAAGCCUCCUUUUCCAACGCAGAACGGCGCGGCGACGCAAGGACGUAUAAUUGUGGUCACCCACCAUCUUCCGUGGACCUCUAUCACCACAGCUGGUGUCAAGUCAUCCCUUCGUCAGACGGGCGAACGACCGGCAAAUGCAGCAAAGUUCACCGAGAUAUCUCCACGAUCGAAAUCUGGUAACUCCCCAAAGGAAAAUGGGUGUAAACCUACGGUAGACACGGCUCCUGGGGGACGUUGGAAAUUUCAGGAGCGCCGCGGUCAUUCGGCAAUAUUCGCUGGAAUAAACUCUCUCAAAGAUACGGAGAAGUUGAUUCACAUUGGAUGGACCGGAACCACGUAUGAUGAUGAAUCGUAUCCAUUGGAAUCCAACAGCUUAACACCGGAGCUGCGACAAGCGUUGACAGACGAGCUUUGGGAAAGGAAAAGGUGUGUCCCCGUCAUUUUAGACGACAAAAAGGCAGCCGGGCACUACGAAGGCUAUUGUAAAACAGAUUUGUGGCCUUUGUUCCACUACAUGUUGUGGGAUUUUGCCCUGGACGCGGCUGAGCAUGAUCCAAUUUCAUGGGUCGACUACCACGAUGUGAACCAACAAUUCGCCGAUGCUAUACUGAAAGUGUAUCAACCAGGCGAUCUGAUAUGGAUCCACGACUAUCACCUCUUGCUGGUGCCAUCGAUGGUACGGCAAGAAUUGCCUGAUGCUACUAUUGGCUUUUUCCUGCAUACUCCGUUCCCUAGUUCUGAACUGUUCCGAUGUCUGCCAAGACGAAAAGAGAUUCUUCAGGGCGUGCUAGGAUCUAGUAUGAUUGGCUUCCAAACAUACUCCUAUGCUAGGCACUUCCUUAGCAGCUGCACCCGAGUACUGGGACUAGAGUCCUCACCGAAAGGCGUGGAUUACAAGGGUUCGUUAGUGGCUAUCAACAUCUUUCCUAUUGGGAUUGACGCUGUAAAACUCCAAGAGCGCAGGAAACAACAGAAUGUCUUGGAUAAGAUGGCUGCUAUAAAAGAACUAUAUUCUGGAAAAAAAAUUAUCAUUGGACGUGAUAAGCUCGAUCACGUCAAAGGUGUCCAGCACAAACUCAACGCCUUUCAAAAGUUUCUUACCACCUUUCCCGAAUGGCAGAACAAGGUGGUGCUGAUCCAGGUGACAUCUCCUGCUGAACGGGAAUCGCACAAACUGGAAUCGAAGGUUUCUGAACUUGUGUCCCGCAUCAAUGGAAACUUUGGAUCACUCGAAUUUGCUCCUGUACAUCAUUACCACCAACACUUGGAUCAGGAUGAUUACUACGCUCUUUUGAGCAUUGCCGACCUUGGAUUGAUUACAUCGGUUCGAGACGGGAUGAACACGUCCUCCCACGAAUUUGUCGUGUGCCAACAGGAGAACCGAAGUCCGCUGAUCCUUAGCGAGUUCACCGGGACCGCAGGGUCUCUUAGUGCAGCAGCGCUCGUUAAUCCUUGGGAUUAUCAGGGGGUCGCAAACGCUAUCAAUGAAGGCUUACUGAUGUCCCGAGAAGAAAAGGCUAUCAAGCACCAGCAAUUGUUUGAUCACGUCACCAGUAAUACCGCCGAAUUCUGGGGACAAUCCUUCAUUAAAGAGCUGCGAAAAGCUGCCCAAUCUCGCACAGCAACCAACCCAACUCCUGCCCUGGACUUUGCACUCAUGCUGGAUAGAUACAGACAGGCAUCAAAGCGCCUACUAAUGUUUGACUACGAUGGCACAUUGACUCCCAUUACCAAAACACCGGGUGCCGCGCUCCCACCCCCUGAAAUGUUGAAAGCCAUGCAAAUCCUGGCAAAUGAUCCUCGUAAUGUGGUCUUUGUAAUCUCUGGCCGCGAUGACGAUUGUCUAGAUCGAUGGCUGGGCGAAGUCAAAGGGCUUGGCUUGAGUGCCGAGCAUGGUUGCUUUAUCAAAUAUCCGGAUCACAAAGGCACAGGAAAGUGGAUCAAUCUUUCAGAAGACGUGGACUUCUCAUGGAAGAAUGAAGUCACGGAAAUUUUCAACUACUACACUGAGCGAACGCAAGGGUCUUUUGUUGAGCACAAACGAUGCUCCAUCACAUGGCAUUACCGUCUGGCAGAUCCGGAAUACGGACAUUUCCAAGCCAACGAAUGUCAAAACCACCUCGAAAAUGCCAUCUUGUCCAAGUUGCCGGUAGAAAUCCUUAUUGGCAAGAAAAAUCUAGAGGUUCGGCCCGUGUCGAUUAACAAGGGAGAGAUUGUGAAGCGCCUUCUAUCUCAAAACCCGGAUGUAGAGUUUGUGUUUUGCGCUGGGGACGAUAGGACCGACGAGGAUAUGUUCAAAAUGGUGCGGAGGAGCGCCCUCCCUGACCACGUCCAGUGCAACUGCACGAUAGGAAAUGCCACGAAAAAGACGCACGCCCAGUGGCACGUUCCAGCGCCUGAAGAUCUUAUCCGCCUGAUUGGCGAAUUUGCAAAAGAGUCCACUGUACAUAGUUCGUUGUAGACUUUUCUCCAUUUCUGGUAGAUGACGGUUGUUUGGAUUCUAGAGGCGAAUCUUAUAUAUUCAUACCAAUCUUGUUAUAAAUCUGAAUAUCAGAGAAUUGUCAUGUAUAUAUUGUUUGGCUAGACAUCCCAUUCCGUCAUCAGGCUAGUUGCUCGGAACAAAAUUCGGUUAGAGAUUUUGUCCCUCUAACAAGUAAGAUAUCGUCUCCGUGAACAAGAUUGAUCCUUCUAU